GCCAAGAACGAACGAACGAAAAAGAUGACGACCGCGCGCUGCGACAAGUUCUUUUCAACUUCUGAAUUUAGGAUUACAAAUUAUUACAUCAUUCUUCAAGGUCUUGAUCCUUCGUGUUUGAUGGGUUUCAUUCUGCUCUGAAUACUUCUUAUCCUAAAACGCUAUGGAUUUCGAAAAUUGGUUAUAUAAUUGCCAUAGACCCAUGUCUGCAAUUAAUAAUUUUCUGCAUCCACGAUUUGCGCUCCGUAUCCUGUGGGGAAGCCGCUUCACGUGCUGACACAGUCUACGUCGUCAGUGUUUGUGAUUUGUUAGUUUUUAUUUGUAAUUUAUCGGGAUCAUGCCGAAAGGACGGAAAAAGGAUGCAGGGAAGAAACCUCCUGUCUCUCCUGUAGCAGACGUUGCCGAUGACAAAUCAGACGCCGGUACUGUCAUCAGUUCUGGAUCCGAUGUUCACACGAUCAAUUUGGAUGACGGAAUCGGCGCAGAUGGAACUGAAGAUCAGGCAUACGCAGCUGGAUCCAUUGAUUUACUGGAAGAAAAAUUAAAAGAUGCCAUUGAAAAUGCAACGGAUAACAGUGCUAAGUCCCGAGAGGCUUCACUGGCGGAACUAUGUUCAGGUUUCGAGCGUCGACUGUUGUACGACUUCAUCGCGGGCCGUGAAGAUACCCUUGCUGAUAUUGUGGAACGUUCUUUGCACCGCGGGAAGACUACGGAACAGGUUCUCGCUGGGAGAUUAGCCUCCCUGAUUUUUGUGCAGCUGGGAAGCGACUGUGGAGAAUUCUAUGGAAAGAUCCGUAAUUUGCUUCUCACGACGCACACCAAUGCAUCAGUGCCGGCUGCAGCUCGCAGUGCCUGUGCUGAAGUAUUGAGUAUUGGCAGCUUCAUCGCCGACGAGGAACCGGAAACGUUUUCUGACACUUUGCGCAAACUGAGCAAAACUUUUGCUCUUUCCUAUUUCAAAGGUGAUAAAACUGCUCCGCAGUAUCCUCCGGAAGUUACGGCAUUGCAUGCUCAGAGCUUAAUUGCAUGGUGUCUUCUGAUGUCCGUUGCAUCGGAAUCCAUUGCUGUGGACGAACUGAACCUGCAUUUGCGUCGUUUGCCGGAAUUACUGGAGUCCGGCGAUGUUGAUUUACGCAUUGCAGCUGGUGAAGCGAUUGCCCUUAUGAAGGAAAUAACGCGGGAUGUGCACAUGGAAAAGGCUAAGAAACCGGACGUGGUGUCCUUGUGCAAUCGACUGCGUGAACUGGCAACCGAAAGUACUAAGCAUGUUGCCAAAAAAGACAAGAAACAGCAGCGAUCCAGUUUCCGUGAUAUUCUGCAUUCUGUUGAGGUAUCAUUUCAGGACGAUGACGGCGUCUUCCAGCGCGUCCGUUUUGGCAAGGAAGUUUUGGAUCUGCAUACAUGGCGUGCAAAACAUCAGUAUCAAACGUUUUGCAAUGUUUUACGAACAGGGAUGAACUUCCAUUUACGUAUGAAUUCGCUGAUUCGACAAGUAUUUGAUCUCGGAGAGCCUAUUUUGGACGACUUAAUGUUCAGUGGUUCAAAGAAAGCUGAUAAAUUUCAUAGACAACUCCAGCAAAGCGCUAUGGAGAAGAACCGCACCAUGUCUCGCAACAUGCAUCGGGGAAAUAAGCAAGCCGGUAACGCAAAUUUUGAUGAUGACGAAUAGUGCAAUAGAAUGCUUAAAGUACUGUAAUUCCUGGUUUCGUACUCUUGUUCUUUGAGAUUGUCGGUUUUUUCUUUGAAUUUUUGAGUUUCCAUUUGGGUGACCGGUGCGUUGUCUGUUGGAGCCAGAACGGAAAUAGGCUUUUAUUGUCGGUUUUAGAGAAUUGUUUUGUGAACAGGCUGUUAUGUGUUUUUGCGUUACCGUUGGAAAUAAAGCGACACUGCAGA